GGAAGGAAAAUUAUAUUGCCCUGGACGAUUAAUCGUGCGAUUUGUAAUCGCAUUUGUUGUGUAGUAAAAUAUCUUCAAUCAGAAGUAGAGAAAAGUUGGUUUAUUAUUCCACAUAGUAAUUUUCUUUGCCUUCGAUCAGAUCUGUCGUAGUUCCAGUGCGUGUAUGCAGCCGAAAGUGUUUUCCCGUUUUUUUCUACCAUCUUCCUCUUUCUCUUCGGAUAGUGUAUGAUGGUGGCGCAGGAAGUGUAAAUCUUGGCUAGCAGCAGUAGUAAAAUAAAGUGCCGCGAUUUGCAUGCAUUUUUCACUUUGCGAAUGUUAUUUCCAAAGGCUAUUUUAAGAAAACGGAGAUUUUACGAAGUGCGUUCUUGACAGAAUAAUAAGGAACUCCUUUAACGGGAGUUUGUGAAAAAUUUUCAUUUUUUACUGUCAAGUAUAGUGUUCAGCCGUAGGUGCAACAGCAACGGCAUUGGAUGUGAAGGAGGAAGCAGCAGAAAAUUUCUGACUGACAGUACAGAAAGAGUGUAAGAAAAAGAGUUCGCGGAGCACCCCUAAAAAAAAGAAGUCAACCUUGCUGGCAGAACAAAAAGAAAACGAACAGAAAACGCGAUCAUCUUGCAGUCGAAGUGAGAUAAAGAAAAGUUUUUAUAACUUUUAUUUUACACUACUUUUGCACUUUCGAAUUAAUAAAUUCAAUUAAAAAAAGCUUAUUUUUCAUACACCGCUUUGUAAUUUAAUGUUUGACUCUGCAAAUUAGCGAGUAUAAGUCGGAAAACGAGAAAACUGCAAACUGCUUAAUUUUUUCGCAUUUGAAUGACGGUGUAUGCUACUUGGUGUGCUUAAGCAUUCGAAUGUGUUUGUGCGGAUUACUAGUCCGUAUGCGGCACCAAAAAGCCGAGAAAAAGGCAGCCAAGAGCCGUUGAAAUCUUGAAAUUUGAUAACGCAAGGAUCCUGUUGACCCAAACAGUGCUUGAAGUAAUUUUGGUUUAAAAUACCAAGAACGACAACAGCUGUAGUAACAAGAAAUACAGAACAAAGCCCCUUUGGCCCGGUUGUCAUCAAAUGUACUGCUGGAAAUGAUUAAUACAAAGGACGAAGUCGUAAACUGGUUCAAAGAGUUACAGAGCUAUAACCGGAUAGAUACGAUGUGCACCUUACUCAACAUGUGCCUUCCAUUCGAAUUACGCUUCCUGGGGACUUGCCUGGAAGAACUUGGUAGACGUGAUGCUCCGGAAUUGCGUGGAAUCGAACUUCGAGUGAAUAAUCCGAUGGAGUUCAUUUCGGAUAUCGCAUCCUGCCAAAGCGGAGAACCCACGGAUCGGAAAAAUCGACGAAAAAUGGCCCUCUUUCUGGCACUCAUAAGAGCGUGUAAUCAUACCUGCGUUAAUGAAUUAUUCAAAACGCUUGAAGGCUGGGGCACCAGAGACUUUGCGAGGCUCUUCGACGAAGAAGUUUUGCAGGAACUGUUGCUGGUAUACACAAUGGCCACAAACCAUCCUGUUUUCUCGUUUGAACAACGCAUGAAAUGUGCAGAUAUUUUCAAUAACCUUAAGACUUGUGAAUUGAAACCGACGGGCCAGCAAGAGACGGAAAAUUUAGCGACUUCGACUCCCCCACCUAGUGCGGGAACGCCGCUAGGAAUACCGCCCCCUUCUCAACAGCAGCAGCAACAACAACCACAACAUCCUGCUCCACAUCAACAACCGCAGCAACAGAUUCAAAUGCAAAUUCCAAUGCCACCCCAGCAAGGUCCGAUUCCGAUCCCGGGUUUUCCGCAGCCGGCGUUGGCACAGAUGAUUCCCGGUGAUGGUAGCAUGCCGACACAUAUGACAGUUGAAGGCCUACAGCAGAUGCAGAUGCAGAUACCUCAGGACUUUACUAUGCCACCACCGUCGACUGUACCGCCGCACUGGACUUUACGUAAUCCGCUGUUCCAGGUGGGACUAGAUACGUCUUUUCCACCGCCAUCUUCUUCGCCCCAUCUGAGCAAUCCAUCGUCGCCGAUUCACAGUCGUACGGCAAGCCCGACAAGAAUCCCAGCCAGCAGUGUGCAGCAUCGUAUCAGUCGGAAUCAACAGCCAACACCAGUGGAGCAACAGCAAACUCAGCGUCAGCAUCAGCACCAGCAGGAUCACCGAGAACGGGAGGUUCAACAACAGUCCCAGCAGCAGCAGUUAAAAACAGUCGAUGAGUCGGUGCUGCUGGGCGUUGACCAAACCAUGGCUUUGAACCAGUUGCAGCAGUUACGGAAUGGCUAUCGUCCCAGUCACAAUACUCUGCCUCGUCAAUCCAACAAACAGAGCUACGUCAACCAGAUUCAGUAUCAUCACCAGCAGCAACAACAGGCCCAUCAGCAGCAACAACAACAGCAGCAACAGCAGCAAACAGGCUUCCAUGGCACUAACACCGGAAUGGGGUUGUCCUAUGCGCUGAAUAACAUAAGUCUGAUUGAUCUGACUCAGAAAUCUAGUAGUGAUUCAGGCAGCUCGGCUGGGGACAUUUCCCCUCCUGAGACACCAGGCUUGAAUGUGGCACCUUCGAACAACGUUAGCGGACUGAUCCGAAGCAGAUCAUCGAACAUGGGCAGGAUCAAUGGUCGCCCGGACAAGCCGCAGCAAUUAGGUACUGGUACUGUGAUAUAUACUCAGACAGCAGCGCAGCAGCAGGUUCAGUCUCAGCAGCAGCAGUUCGUCGGCGGUAGUAACGACAUAAUGGUAACAUCCGCUACACAAAAUUUAAUUAGUAAUAGUAAUAAUAAUAACAAUACUAUGAAUAAUAGCAAUGGAAAUAACAAUAGCGUAGUGUCGAGCGCUGUAUUAUUAGGAGCCCCGACGCCAACGGCCGGCGGUACAAACAUUGUUUUGAGCUCGCAGCCUCAGUUUACUGCUCCCUAUCCAUAUCAUACGGCGCAUUUGGCUGCGACACGACCUCUUAUUUCAGCCCAUACGGCGACAGGUCUACCGCCGGGAACCGCAUUCCGACCGCCAGCUGCGUAUCCAACGAUGCAGCACAAUGGAGAGAUCCUCUAUCCGUACACGGCCCAAGUUGGUGGAGGCGCAACUAUAACUUUUCUGCCCCCAAACGCUGCAGCGCCGGUAGCUGCUAGUACACAGACCCUUCAAACGAUUCGGUCAGUUCCAUCCUCCCAGCCGCCACCACCAACCCAACAGCAAAUUCAAUCACCACAUCCACAACCUCCGCUAAUACAACAGAAAGUGCCCACAGCUUAUACGCCACCAGCCGCCAUUGGUGCGGUACCACCCCCGCAUCCGCCAAGCGCUACUACUCCAACAGGAAUGUAUUGCGCAAUGUCCUGUUUUAACUGCGGUUCCCAAAAACAUACCGGACUAGAUUGUCAGGAAGCCUCUAUGGAGGAUGUGACGAGAAACUCAGUCUACAAGCUAGACUACAAUGCUGCAAUUGCCGCAGCCGCCGCCGCUGCCGCUGCCGCCGGUGUCGGGGUGUCGGGGACAUCCCAACCAAACAGCGUCGCAUUGGUCACAGGCACAGCCGUAAUUGCACCGUCAUCGUCAACAUCACCGCCCUCAUCCGUUUCGGUUGCGUCCCUGCCGUCAUCUGCGGUGUUGUCUUCUGGCGCUUCUUCAGCGGCGUCGUCGUCAUCAUCGUCUUCGUCAUCCUCUUCUUCAUCGUCUUCGUCCUCUUCUUCUUCUCUAGCGUCCUCCUCGGUUGCGUCCUCGACGGCGACACUGCCACUACCGCUACCACCACACCAACAGCCACAGCACGGACCUAAUCUUAUUAGCAGUAGCAGUAGUAAUAAUAGCUCGCUAGAUGCCCCUACUUCUGUAUCAACACAAACAAUAAAUAAUCAAACCGAUAGCAGUAGUAGUAGCACUAUCAGUAAAUGAUUAUCAAUCUAAAAUAAUCUUCAGAAAAAGAAACAAAAAAAAAACAACACAUAUUCUAUAAGAUAAAAAACUAAUUAAAGGUAACUAGUGAGUAUACUCUCCAAAAAAAAGGAUUAAAAUCUAAAAAGUUAUAGCAAACGAAAAACACACAUACAUUCAUCUUAAAACUGAUAACAGAUUAAGAGACGAGGGAACACAACGGAAUGAUUUUACUAUUAUGAUUAUUAUCCAAAUCUGUGUAGAACAAAAAAAAAUGGAAAAGAUACUAGCAAAUCGCCGAGAAAGUAGCUCUGGAGGCACGCUCCUACCACCAAACACACGACACAACAGAAAAUUGUCCAGGCAACGAUCACGUUUUUGCAAGCAGAAACAAUUUGUUUUGUUCAAUGCGUUGUCAUUGAGUGCCAUUUUCUUAGGUUUGUUUUGAGCAAACAAACAAACAAAAAACAAUUUCUUAUCGUGAUAGUGAGCAUCGAAACGAAAUUAGCAGUUGGUGGCACAGGCGAAAGGCGCGAAAUUUUCUCGAAGCAAAGCUUCCUAUCAAUUUACACAACCCAAACGGCAAAAAGGUAGGAGCAUUAGGCAGAGAUGAAAGUGGGCAUCUUAUUGAUUAAGAUCAUUAUGCGCCAGAUAGCUACUUUGGAAUCCGGUACGCGGCCUCGAGGUGUUUUGUUUGUGUUCGCCCUAAUUUAGGACAAGCCGGAUAACAUGUACUCAAAAUAUUUAUUUUGCCGCAUAUAUUUUUUUCGUUUAGAUUUUGCCAAUAUAGCUAUCAUUUCGAAAGCUUUUUUUGUUUCGUGCAGUUUUCGGUUUUUAAGAUAAUUACUUAUUAUCACUAGACGAUAAGGACUACCCGCUCUGCGGGUAGGUAAAAAAGAAUGUAGAAGAUCAAGUUUAAUAGUAAUCGAACACACACUUUUUAAAGUUUAUUUAAAACAUAGUUAUGAUUUAAUGUAAUACAGUGUAAAUGUAC